CAAAUUUGGCGAACAUUUCUUACAUGCUGCAACAAUAGGUAAAAUACUUAAUUUGUUUUUUUCAUGUGCUAAAAAUACUGAGUGACGAGAAUAAAAACCUCGGGGAACCUUAAUUUUGAACUUUAAACCAGGUCACUAUCGGAUAAAACAGAUACAUAAUAAGAUAGCAAAGUUCUGAUGCACUUCCGUUAAGACAUACGCGUGUGAAGUACACACGUAGCUGUAUGUUAUAGUACGGUUGUCUGAAUAUCAUAUCGAAUAUAUAACGAUAUAUAUUAGACAAUAUGCCAGGAAACGUUCCAGGAUCUACUGAGGCCGCGUGGCCAGAGCUGUUCACAUUACCAGCCAUGGCAACUUCUUCCAUGAUAAAGAAACCCGGACAACUCUCCGACGAGGCCAUUCGGAAGUAUUUUGAAGACGGGUUUGUGAUAGUUGAAGAUUUCUUCACCCCGGAGGAACUAAAUCCAUGUAAGGAGGCCAUCACGGUGGUCGUGGAUGACGUGGCUAAUAUGCUGUUUAAGAAAGGAAAAAUCAAAGAUUUAUACAACGACUUAGGUUUUCACGAAAGACUUGUGAGAAUGAACGACGAUUUCCCAGGAGCGAACAUAUUGGUGAUCAAAACAGGCCGCGUACCAAAGGCUUUUAAACAACUUUGGUCCAAUGGGAGAUUACUGAAUGUCGUUGAGCAGCUUAUUGGACCAAACAUUGCUGGCAAUCCUGUAUGGAACAUUCGCGCCAAGAUUCCUAAUGACGAAGAUACAACAGUUCCAUGGCAUCAGGACUGUGCAUACAUGGAUAAAGACACAUACAGAAUGCUCAUUCCUACGGCAUGGAUACCAUUCAUUGAUACAAACAUCGAAAACGGAUGUAUGGAGUUUGUAAAAGGAGGUCACAGACUUGGUAAGGUGGCCACCCACCAGUGUUGUCACGGUGGCACAUGGUACACUAUUCUAGAAGAAGAGGAGAUGACGAAGACGUUAGGUGA